AUGGGCCAGACCUCCUCGACGUCAUUAAGCACGCUCCCCGAGCUGGCGCUGCACUGCCUCCGCGUGGCAGAGCACUCGCCCGCCGACGGGCUGAUUGAGCCCUUCUUCGACUACCUCGUCGGCGUGGACGAGGCGUCGAGUGUCCCGACCACGCGUGGGGCGGGUGCCGGCCCCGCCGUGCCCACGCCUGCGGAGCUCGCGCGCAUCGUCGAGGCGAAUGAGGGACGGACGAUCGGCCUGACCGUGUAUAAUGCCAAGACGCAGCGCGUGCGGGAGGUCCACCUCACCCCGUCCCGCGCCUGGUCGUCCACAGCCGAGGGCAAGGAGCGCGCGUCGCUCCUCGGCCUCAGCGUGCGCGUGUGCAACCCGACACAGGCGCUCGACAACGUGUGGCACAUUCUCGAAGUACUCGAGGGAUCGCCUGCCGAGAUGGCGGGCCUCGUACCCUUCGGCGACUGGGUGUGCGGAUGGGCCGGCGGUCCCCUGCACGGCGAGAACAGCUUCUACGACCUCGUCGAGGCUCACAUUGACAAAUCCCUCCGCCUCUACGUCUAUUCUGCCGACUUGGACAACCUCCGCGAAGUGGUCGUCAUUCCUAAUGAGAAAUGGGGCGGUUCUGGCCUCUUGGGCUGUGGCGUUGGCUACGGCAUCCUGCACCGGAUACCUCGCCCCGCGACUCCCCCGUCUCAGACGGACGGCUACGGCUCCCCGUUGGCAGUGACUGGCGGGCUGCCGCGAGACGUCGGGCGGGCGUAGAGGAAGGAAGGAGUACGAUUACAGUUUUGGUUGGUUUCGCCGCGACGUCGUUGUGGAGCUGGAGCGUGGGCGCCGUCGCCGCAGUGUGAUUAGAUCUAGAUCUAGACCGACCGAGGCCAGAACGCGUCGGGCGUGGCGUGCUGGUGCUGGUUGUCUCUUUGUCGCCAACACGGGCCGAGACUAGCACGACUAGGUCGCCGGGCUCUAGUGCCUGUCUGUCUGUACUGUAUGC